ACGUUUAGAAUAUUAGAUAAAGUGGAAUUUUUUCUUCCACUAAGCUAUUUUAGUUACUUCCUAAAGUAAUGGCUUAUUUUGGUCACUUUUAUGUUUUUGUGGCUUAUUUAGGUUUCCAGUCCUAAAUUAGAUAGUAGUACAAUUCAUUAAAGUUCUGCAUACUGCCCUUUCUUCUCCCAAGAAAUCCUAGCCUGCUUUUUUCCUUUCCAAGAAAAAAAACUUUGGAUUAUUUAUUUUUUCCCAUGGAGCCCCUUCGCCUCCUCGGUACAAGAAAAAAGAUAUGUCUGCUCUCUCUCUAUUCUUGUAAGCUUUGCCUCUUUCAUUAUUCUUUUCCAUGGAGUAGCUAGACGUGACAACAACUUCGUCGUCGUCAACUUUCGCCGGCCAUGAAAUUGAUCUCUUCCCCAUUUUUUUUCUCGGCUUUGGUCAAAGUAUUCGGAUCGGAUUGACCGAAUUCGACACGCACCCCGCACCCGCGCUCGCACCAGUGUCGCGUCGAGACGGGUUCUGCCGCAAAAAUAAAGAGUCCGCGCAACACAGUCGGGCACAAAGUUUAAGAAAAAAGAAAAGAUUGUUGUGAUACCUUGGAUAUCCACACAUAAUGGAUCCAAAAAUGUACUUUGCUGCAAUGAAAGGGAGUAUGGAAGAUGGUGAUUUUUCACUUGGUGAUCAUCUGAAAAGGGAGCAAGAAAAUGCUUACCAAGUCACUCCAAAGGGAAACACAAUCCUCCAUGUGGCAGCUCUCUUUGGCCAACGAGGUUUCGUGGGAGAAGUCCUUACGAUUACCCCAGCAUUAUUAUGCUAUAAGGAUAAGAAAAAUGAAACCGCGCUUCACAUUGCAGCUAAUGUAGGACAAAGUGAAGUGGUAAGUGAACUACUUAGCUCUGGAGGAGUGGAGACACUCGUGAGGAUGAUGGAUGACAUUGGAGAUACGGCCUUGCACAAGGCCGUGAGAGGUGGACACAUUGACAUUGUCAGGAUCUUGGUGAAAUUAUUACUAGAUCCUGAACACGACUUCCCACCCAAUAAGGCUGGGGUGGCACCACUUUAUUUGGCAGCAGAGUCUGGUUUUCAUGAUGCUUUGAUUGAAAUCUUGAACGUUUGCAAAGAACCAACUUAUGUUGCAGGUCCAUCCAAUCGAACACCUCUACAUGCAGCCGUAAUUCAAGAACACACGGAAUGCGUGAGAUCACUAUGGCAAUGGAAUAAACCUUUAUGCGAAGAAUCUGAUAAAUGGGGUUGGAAUUCACUACACUAUGCUGUUAAACAAGGAUUGGCAGAAAUUGUUUGCGAUAUGUUGGGAUGGAAGAAAUCUUUAGCCUACCUUCCGGCAGGCAGUGAAAAUGAUUGGACGACGGCAUUUCACAUUGCAGCUAGUGAAGGUGAUGUAUUGAUGAUACGUGAGUUGUUAAACCACUGCCCAGAUUGUUGGGAUAUGCUUAAUUGCAAUGGCCAAAAUGCACUUCAUGUUGCCAUAUUGAACGGUCACGAAAUGUUUGUCUAUGUCUUCCUUGGGUCUGGAAUUUCUGAUAGCCUUGUUGAUGAGGCAAUACUCCAGUCCAUUUGCUUGCUGCCUCUGGGAACCGUGUGCCUCAAAUGAUAUUAUACCAUCCUAGCGCAAAGAAGAUGACAUUUAACAAACAAAAUCAGACUCCACUUGACAUAGCAUUGUCUCGUACAUGGACAAUA